CGCUCAGUCGCUGCCCGGCGCGCCCCGCGACACGCGCCCGCGCCGAUCGCGACCGCGCUUUCUUUUUUAAUCACGGUUCUCAUAUAGUUUGUGAGGAAAUGAGUUGUGAUUUUGUUCUAUAAUUUUGGUUUUAGUAUAAUAAACAUUUUUUGGAUCUUUAUUAUUGUUACGAGUGAGUUUUUAUUUUUUAUAUUACUAUAUUAAGUAUUUACCAACGGAAAUAUCAUAGCUUAUAGCGGCCGCUAGCAAGGUUUUCUCCGUCUUCCUUUCAUUUGAGAUGGAAAACGUCUCGCCUAUAAGUCGCGAGGAACCUCGAGAGGAGGACACCUCAGUCGAAGCGCUGCAACUAGUCAAGAACGAGGACAGAGUGGAUGAGCAGGCCCCAGACCCUGCUCCUACUGAGCAGCCCCCUUCAGCAGGCCGUGCCCCCUCCCCGCUACCACACUCUCAGUCCGUCAUCACAUCACGGCGAUCUGUCAGAACCAUCACCGCAGCCGGACACAUUACAGAAACGUCUGAGCUUCAUGACGAUGGCGUAAAAGAUGAACCCCCUGAAUCUGCUCAGUUAGAACAGGAGCAACUACACUACGCUCCAAAAUUAGAAGAGAACCCUGAAGCCAGAGACGUCGCACAGCAACAUUAUGACGAAGAAAGGUUGAGAUUAGCCGAAGCUGAAUCAGAAGCUCGCCACCACGCGUUCAAACAAGAAUCCUACCGGUCGAUACCGUCGCCAUCAUCUAUCGAUAAAAGAUUGCAGCAACAAUAUAGAAUUCAACAGAGACCUGACUACAGACGAAACCUGACGUUCCGAUACGAUGCACCGCAUCUUGUCGGGCAGGAAGGAGAAACUGAGGAGCAUGCGCAUGAGUUCCUCGCACACAAAGAGAAAGAGCAUUUGCAGGUUUACGCGUCACCAACUGAAGGAGUGCCGACGUCUGCUGAUGGCAGACAGUACGGAGCGGUGUUGAGUGAACAAGUGGCAGCGUCUAGUGCAAUGGAGAUGAUCCAGACUACAUCAUUGAGUAAUCAGCAGGCAGUGGGCGUUGCGUAUCAACCCGUAAAAUACGAGAGCCGUGGGGAAGGAGAGCCCCGGCCCAGUACCUACGCGAGUCUUCAGCCAGUCACCUCAGUGCAUGGAGGGUACAGCUAUGCCGGACAGAGUCCGCAGUACGGUGGUGCUGGAUAUAGUGCAUAUGUUGGUGGUAGCAAGGAACUCCUGACACUGUACGGCGGUGGCGCCACAUCCGGUCCCGGGACGGCCCCGAGCGCGGCCCCCCGCGGCGACGAGUCCCCCCCAGGUCAACUUCUAUACCGUAGUGACCCGACGCUAUCAUCUUCUUCGCUGACAGCCCGGGGUCAUGUAGUUUAUGGUUCAGUUGUGCCACCCACGCAAGCCGUAUAUGAGGCGCCUCCUAGUCCUAAUUCACAACAGGUGACAUUGUACACCCACGGCAACACAGUGCAAUAUAAAGUGGGCGGCGACCACUACCUCAGCCAAGGCGGAGGCGUGGAGUACGUGCCGGUGUCGGGGUACGAGGGAGGGCUGCUGGUCACGGAGGGCUAUGCCGCGCCCGCGCAGGCCUGGUCUGCGCACAACCUGCUGGAGGACGGCUUUGACCCAGGCAUGGCAAGCAUAGGCGAGAUGAAGGAGUGCGUGAACUGCGCGGCCGGCAACACGCCGCUGUGGCGCCGCGACGGCACCGGCCACUACCUGUGCAACGCGUGCGGGCUGUACACCAGGAUCAACGGCGUCAACCGGCCGCCCUUGAAGGGACAGAAGGCCAAGCCGCAACAAACUUUGCAACCGAGCAACGGAAACCGUCGCGUGGGGGUGACCUGCGCCAACUGCCGCACGGCCAACACGACGCUGUGGCGGCGCAACAACAACGGCGAGCCCGUCUGCAACGCCUGCGGCCUCUACUACAAGCUGCAUAACGUGAACCGGCCCCUCAGCAUGAAGAAGGACGGCAUCCAAACUCGAAAGCGUAAACCGAAGAGCAUGGGCGGCGGCCACAGUAGCCACGUGACCCGGCCUGGCGCGCCACUCACCGUGGAGGGUCACGCACACAAAGUGCUGCCUCCGCUGUACGCGGCGGUGGAGACGGCGGGCGCGGGGUGCGCGGGGGGCCCGCUGCUGCUGCUGCCGCCGAGACACCAAGCCGAUGUGGUACCCUCGCUAGAUCGUGCUGGCCCCUCCACGUCGAUGCACUACAGACCGCCUUAACAACGCGACGCUGCGCAACACAACAGAAAAAAACUACUGAAGGCUACAGUGACACACAACACAUCAAGGUGUCUCUCCUAUAAGUCUGUACUGAGCGAUAUGACCCAUGUGUAACGCGUCAAAUGUUACUUAGUAGAUUCGAAGCCUGAGUGUUACCUCCCUAUGUAAAUAUUAUAAGUCCCGGGUUUGCCCAUCAGACAUUACCACAUCGCGUGUAACGUGUGUGGAACUGUGUACAUAAAUCUAGAUAAGUCAAGUAAACGGAUAAUUGAGCACUUCAACAACACUAUUAAUGCAUAAAUCUAUGUGAAGAAAUCAAACUUAUUGCAGUUGUUUAUGUCAAGUCAGAAGAUUAAUGUAAUCUCUUUUUAAUAUCCUAAUGAGUGGACCAGUUGGCUUUUUUAAAAGUAGCCUAAGUCUACCUAGUCAAUUGCCUAUUUUUCAGAAUAAUUGUCAAGUAAAAAAUGAACAUUAUUUAAAAUUUUACUCGGUAACAAUAGCCUUAACAAGUGCUGAUAUAGUAUAUAACAAUGUCACAAAACGCAACGGAAAAUCUUCUCGUUUGCUCUGGGUUUUAUUUAAUUGUAGUCAUUUGUUUUGGCUCCGCAAACAGCGAUGUCACGAGCAUCAGACAGAAGUUUUGCGAAAACGCUGAAUAAAUACUUUGCAGACUUUUUACUUUUUGCGAAUAUCCAAAGAUUUGCGUGCAUUUCACAUAAACAGCUAGAAACCAUUGUUAGUUCGUAAGCUAUCUCAUAAGUACGAUAAAACGAAUUUAUUAUUUAUUUGACAAUAUUUUACGAAUGGAUUUGUCUUUGUUUUUAACAAAAGGUAUUUGUAAUACGUUGUCAGAUUGCGGUUUAAUAUUUGAGUAAGUACGUAAUUGUCAUUUCACGUACUUUACUUGACUAAUUAUUUAUUUAGCAGGAGGAGAACUACCUAGACAAAAAAAUCAACGCUAAAUUAUGGUACCUUGAUUAAUUAACUCUGACAUUUUAAAUAGAAUACAAAAAUGUUUGCAUUUUGUGUGGAUACUCUAAGUUGUCGGAAUAAGAAAGUUGUUUAUAA